AUGGCAGGCGCAGACCAGAGAAUGAUUAGGCUAACUUCCUCGGAAGGAACAGAAUUCUUAGUAGAAAGAGUAGUUGCCGAGAAAUCUGUAUUGUUGAAGAACAUGUUAGAGGAUGUUGGUGAGAGUGACUUGGCUAUUCCCCUUGCGAAUGUCACCGGCCCAAUUCUAACCAAGGUCAUUGAAUACUGUACACAUCACCGAGAUGACCCGGUAGUAACUCAGGAGGACGAUGGCAGGAAAUCUUCAGCUGAUAUUGAUGACUGGGAUAAAGAAUUCUGUAAAGUUGAUCAGGGAACAUUAUUUGAGUUGAUUUUGGCUGCAAACUAUCUCGAUAUCAAGCCUCUGCUCGAUUUAACAUGUAAAACGGUUGCAAACAUGAUUAGAGGCAAAACUCCCGAGGAAAUUCGUAAAACAUUCAACAUUGAAAAUGAUUUUACACCAGAAGAGGAAGCACAG